AGGAUGGAGGAGCAGUGGUGGAAAGGGGAGCUGGCAGCAGACGUCCACCAGACCCUGAGGAUGAAGGAACUUAAGUUGCCUAUGUAUAAGGCUCAGUCACCACAGAUUGGGAUGCGCCGAUACUUCAUUGAUCUCUUGACUGUCCUCAGCAACCACUUUAAUCUCUGCCCUACGGCCCGGCAUCUCGCUAUCUAUUUAUUGGACCUCUUUAUGGAUCGCUAUGAUAUCCCUGUCAAGCAACUGCACAUCAUUUCAUUUGCCUGUCUUCUCCUAGCAAGUAAAUUUGAAGAAAAAGAAGAUCAAGUUCCAAAGUUGGAGCACUUAAAUAACCUGGCAUACAUGUGCAGUGUGAAUGUGGUAUUGAACAAGAAAGACUUGCUUAGAAUGGAAGUGCUGCUUUUGGAAAGCUUCAACUGGAACCUCUGUCUACCAACACCAGCACACUACGUUGACUACUACCUCUCUGCGUCCAUUGGUGAGAAUGACCUUCACAAUGGUUGGCCGAUCACCUCACUGACCAAAGUCAAAGCUUUUCUGGAGAAAUAUGUGUAUUACUUCCUCAGUUUCUCAGUACAAGAUCACACUUUCCUCCAUUUUCGUCCAUCUCUGAUUGCUGCAGCUUGUGUGUGCACCUCGCGUAUCUGUAUGCAGAUUUCUCCUGCCUGGACCACACAGCUUGAAUUGUUAACAUGUUAUUCCUGGGAACAUCUUGCCCAAUGCAUUGGAAUGAUGCUCAUAUAUUAUGAGAAUGACAUCAAAGAAGCCGGUAACAUAAAAAAGCAAGUAACAAUUCAACAUCAAGAACAGGAAGCAGUGGGAAAUCUGAGCCAUCAAGCUGCUGCUCAAGGUCUCUUCCAGUGUUCUAGUUAUCACCCUUUAGCCCAGCAUUCAGCUAGUCUUGCCCAGUUCCCGUUGCCAGUGCAAGAUUUGUGCUCUGCUUAUCGUGACUCCUUACAGGCCCGCAGGCCCAGCGGUCUGCUUGCUGGGAGCACUGACAGCUUGCUGCACUCCUGCACAGCUCUUCAUUCCAGCCUUCGCCCAUCUGCCCAGACUCUGCCCAUCCAAACGCCCGCUGCUGUGCAGCUGGGCCUAGGAACGGAGACUGGACACUGCAUUUCCAUGGCUUUUGGCAGUAGUUACUUCAGUGGUCAUCACUCAUAUGCAGCUGGGUGUUUUGAUGGAUAAAUAUUGAUGUGAGGGAAAAGGUCAUAUGAACAGAGCUGAAGAAGAAACUGUGUGUGUGAUACAAGACGUGUAUCUGCAUGAAAGCCUCAAAGGAGCAGAAUCCUUAUGACUCCCUCAUUCAGAGGGUGUUGAUCUGAUCCACUGAUCACUGGAACCUGGGUGCCUUUCUGCCAAGGGUUGUACCUUUGGCUCUUAAUGAGGGAGAGAAAUAGAAAUUCAUUAAUACACCUCACUCAAUGUCACUUUGAGAGGCAUCUGCAUAGAAACCCUGUGGAGGUUACUUCCUUCUAGACUUCAGUUAGUGACUUGUUGGAGCUGGCUGAAGAGUUAUUUCAGGCUGGAGCGUUUGUUGAAUUUCUGGCCAAGUAGCAACGCACCUAGAGGAUGUUGCUGGAAAACAUGGAGCACACUCCUCCUGUCCCAGUGAUGUGUCACUUGAACAGUGGCAGCUUAUACUACUGGAAGCUUCUACUAAAAUAUACCAGAAUUGGUAUCUGUUAAAUGUAGAUUUCGUUUAUGCAGAAAUCUGUGUAGAACACUUUCCAUUUUCUUUGAGCAGGAGUGAUAGUUCAGGAGCAAGAAUUAAAGGCAAACAAGGGCCAGAAGACUAUAAAAUAAUUUUUUACUUAAAAUACUCUUGGAAUCUAAACGUGGUGCUGCUGAGUGGGACAUCGCUCUGCCUUUGGUAUUUAGAAACAAAACCAAAACCUUAAAUCAUGUCUUAAUAUUUAAUAUGCUGCUGCUUUUGAGACUGGAGAUUCUUUUUAGUAAAAUUGUUCAUGAGCUUUAUCAGGGGUUUAAGGUUACUUGAAGAAAUCCUCUUGGAAAAAUUCUUGAAAGUUUCACUGCCUUCAGUUAUUUCAUCUUUUGGGCUCAGUGACUUGUGGCAGUAGUUCAGGCUCAGGACAGAGGAACUGGUAUUAAUGGGGUGAAGACAGGGAACUGGUUAACUUCACUGUGAAACUGGAGCUUGAUUGCAGUGCUAGACAAUGCUGACUUAGUUUCUUAAAUACCUUAUUAUCAUUCUCUUGGAAAAUGUAGCUGGUAAAUUGAAGAUAUUGUUGCUUCCCUGCAAUGAGACACACACCUACUGCCACAUAUCCAAAGGCCUCUUUUUUUUCAACUGAAGCCAGAAAUGAUUCAAAAAAACUGGAUAGGCUUUUUAAUGUUAAUGCAGAUAUUUAGAAGAAAGGGACUUCUGUGAGUGUGAAACUUCAGUUUUAAUAUAUGCAACCACUAUUGUAAGUUUCUUGGUUUGUCCCUUCUCUGAAGGUUCUCAGGACAGCAAUACAAGUAAUGUGCAAUAUGCUUUUACUGACUUGGGGCAAUAUUUUCAAGUUGCAUGUUGCAGUGCUGUUUUAAAUUAUAUUUUUAGAGAAUUGUUUUUAACGGUGUUCUAGGGUGGAGGGGAAAAAACUAGCCUGCAUGCUAAUGCGUUUGUGUAACUGUCUUUUGAAUGCAACUUUGGGUAUCAGGUUAAUUUCUUCCAUUCUGCAGGCUAGAGGAAUCUUCUUGGUUUACUUUUUAAAAUGCAAACUGUACAUGAAAAGGCAGUACUCCUCAGAAAUUAGUCUAGAAGUUCGGAGAACUUUGUUCAUCUUUUAUUCUCUUGGCUUUGUAUUUAUGUUAAACUUUAUUUCCAGAAGACUUUAGUGUAUCUUAUGUCAUUCAACAGACAGAACAACACACGUGGCAGUACUGUUCUGUGGUUUUCCUUUGUUUAUCAUUACCCUUAUAACUUGCAUCACGUGCAGUGUGAUACUUUGGAUCGCCAUCCUGCUUAAUUGUGAAAACACUUGCUAAAUUCCCAAUGAAAGUUUCCAGUAAAGAAUACACAGCUGGAGUACCCUCUUUUUUUUUUUUUAAAAGCGGUUUUUCCUUAGCUUUUAAGAGCUAACAAAGAAUAUAUGUCUAUACCUUAAAAAUACUUGACCUGAGCACUUGUAAUGUUUUACGGAACAGAAUAGUGGUAGGAUGAAUGUGAUGGAAAGGCCUUACCAUACAAUAAAUUGUGAAGGAGUAGGCAGAUCAGGAACUUAGUCAUUGCACAAGAAAUUAGGUCCUAUUCCAAUAAGUUAUUUAUGUAUAUAAGGAGGUACAAAGUGGGAUGAGGCAAUGGCUGAAGAAACAAGAAGAAAACGCACAGAGGCAAGGUAGGGACGUAAUAUAAGACCGGAUUGUUCCAGCUCAGGUGGCCACUGUGUCUUGGAGACUUGAAAGGCUGAACAGGAGGAUGUGGUUUUAUGUUUACUCUUUCUUCUGGUGACUGUACCUUCUAAGGAGGAACUGUUCACCGAGUUCUAGGUUCUGUUUGCGUCAUUGUAUCUGGGGUGGAGUUGGGACAGAUUAAGUCCAACAGCAAACCUGAAAAGUAAAAGAUUUAUGGGAAUCCGAGUUGGUCUAAUACAGCUUCAAGGGACAGUUCUCUCCAGAACACUUUAAAUGUUGGUGGCAAUUCCACACAUUUAAUUUUCAAGUCAACACUUUUUCCCGUGCCUAACUUUUUUCUUUUGUGAAAACAUACCUCCUCAGGAAAAGCAAACAUAGAAGAGUUCAGCCAACCUAAAGACACUUUUCUGAAGACUCUUUGCCACAAUUAGUUUUGGAGGGAGUUGCAGAGGUGCAUACAAAGCUGAAUUAAUUUUUAAACAAAUGGAUGCAAAACUUCCCACCUUGCGCUUGUGCUGUUUGAUGCUGUCAGUUGCAGCAUAUUCAUUCAUAGAUCAGAAUCUCUACAUGAUGAUUAACUCGUAUUUCCCUGGCAGACUUUGAAGAAGGAAAGGCUGCUGCAAAAGAAAAUGCAGUGAAACACGGCUAGGAAUACAAAAUGGGGUACAGCAGUAGUUACCCCCUUACAUGGGAAGAUGUUGCAGAUGUAACCAAACAAAUGAGAAAGCCGACAUUAAAAUGAAAAAACUGUAUUGGUGAGUCCUGACAAGAGCUGCAGGUGUUUUAUUAAUAAACAGAUGUUUCGUAAUAAAAUU